AUGGCAAGCAAGAAGCUGUAUUUCGGCAUUCUUCUCGUUCGAAGUUGUUUCUGGUUGUUUGUGGCGGUCUGGAGUGCGGGGAAGCAGAGUGCGUGCUUAUCAAAUACACCAGGAGAAGUCCAAGAAGGGAGUGCAGAAUUACAAGUGUCCAACGGGUCCCCACCAGACACACUGACAAGAUUGCAUGCAAGAGCGGUCUCCCAGAUGGGAGCAAUAGAUAACGAGUUUGACACAGGGCUCGUCUGGAAGAAGCGAUUCCACUUAAUUGCUUUGUCUGUGCUGUUCCUAGCAGUACUAAGGGCAAUUUCAAUUCGUAGGGAAAGGGAGACAAAGAGGAGGGCACAGAGAGAAUUCAGACUACCGACAAAAGAACCUUUGUUUGACGCGGAAUUGGAAGAAGGCCUUUUGCCUUCAGACGAAAAGGCGCGCAACCAUGUAGUUUUACCAGUUGAGGAACCCCCGAAGGAAAUUAGCGUGCCACGAGCAAGGCAUAGACCGCAAGAUAAAUCUCUACCAAAGGAACCACCAAAGGGGCCUGAUGCUGGUCGACGACAAGCAGAAGAAUCAGAAGGCGAGUUAGCAAAGACGACGAUAACCGUUGGGCGGGAAACUCGGAAGGAGGGCCCUAAGGAAAGGUUUACUCCCGAGGUACCUGAGAUGCCUGCUACUCCCCAGCUACCGACAAAUGCCGGGGAAGAAGCAGAAGGGGAACGGAGGGAGGAAGAAAAAAGUGUUCAACAGCCGGAUCCACUGCAGCAUGCACAGCCGAAUACACAGCCAAGCCUACCGCCUUUUCCAGAACCUUCGGAAGUAGUUCUACCACUUGAUGUACCAGAAGUAGUAUUUGCGGGGCACGCAGUUCCUACGGAACCUGUCAGUGUGCAGCCUGAUGAAUUGCAGCAGCAGGGUCCUAUCGUGCUACUUGAAGACGACGAUGAGGUGCAAGAAUUGAGGGCUAAGCGGAGCACUGUCACUAAUCUAUUGGAAGUUGCGGUCAAGUUAGUUGAUGAGUUGCCGCCUGGGGAGGCACAAAGGACUGUAGAUAAACUGAAGGCGGAUAUAGAGACUGCUGAACAAGCGGAGAUUAUGUACGAUUCUGCAAAAAGCUACCGAGAUCCAAAUAUUGUAUCAAUUCGGGAACAAACUUUGAAUGCUUUGAAAUCAUCCCUGGAGAAAGCUCGCGGUGCGCUCCUGCAGUUGUCUACACUGGCAAAACAGCACGGUGAGGAAGUGCACGCGUACUGUUCUGAUACGGUCUCUUUUACAGACACCUCUGAGUUGAGGGAGCAGCUGAAGGAAAGCUUGGAAGCGGCAUCGAUCAAACUGUGCAUCGAGACGCUAUCGUCGCUGGGAAGAACCUCCAUAACUCUGCAACAGGAGAGUGAGGACACUGCUAAGCUCUUAAACUCUGCAAAAUUCGUAGACGCAUGUGUACCAGAAGAUUUUGUCCAAUUGUAUGGAGCCCUUGCCGCCAUGAAUUUCAGGAAGAAAACCUUGGAACGUCUGGCUUCUCUGGACAUCGAACUGAACAAGGAUCUUUUAAGUAUGCAUAGGGCUUGGCUGAUGGGAAAAUUGCAGGCAGAACGCAUACCGCUCGAAAUGGAUGCAAGUCUAGUCCAGGGGCUUCACGGGUUACUGUUACAAAGCCGUCCCUCAUAUUCGAAACAGUCAGCUGCAGGAACAACAGGUGAAGUGAUGCAAAGGAUCAAAGAGUUAAUUAUUGGGCAGCACCAAGAUUUGGAUGCCUUGAAUACUGCACACGACAUUCCGGGAGUUACAGCGGCGUAUGAAAGAGCGAAGUCAUCCAAUCAGGAAAUCAAAGUUUUACUGCAAACGCAAAAGAUGCAGUUGCAAGGCGUCCUGCGGCGCCAACCACUGAGCAAGGCAGAGGCAGCCUUUGUGUCUCAACGCAUGGAGAAAAUUGCUGAAACAGCCGUUGAGAACAGCGAAGAGUCUUGGAGGUUUGCUCAAAGCUUUUUUGCAGAGGUUAGCGGCAAUACGCAAAAAGUUGAAGCCUAUCCUGCUGACGGCAAAGCGUCACUGGAAAAGGUGGCAUCUAAACUAAAGGGCAGCGCCGUUGGCAAUGGUACCACAAACACUGUGAAAAAGUAUUUCGCCGAACCUCUGAGCCAAAUUGAAGUUGCGGCGAAGGAUCAUCUUGCUAGGACUCAAGAAAUGCUAGAGCUAGCUAAGCAGGCAAGAAAGUACAAACUGGAUAAGGAAGAACUUGGAUCCUCGGCAUUGGAUACGAAAACAAACCUUAGGGUCAAGGCGGCGACGACUAACGCAGAUGCAGCUCUUUUCCUUCUACGGUUUCGAUAUUUUAAUAGCUUGUCGAAGGAAAUUGAGGGACUUGGUGGCACGUUGCGAACUAUAUCCGCGUCUCGAUUCCGGCCAACAUCAAGUGGAUGGGUUGAGGUAGAAAGGUUGAUGGACAGAUUUGACGAAGAGAAGGCAAAGGCCAGGGCAGCUCAGAACCUUGAUGUGAUACCUGGCUGCGUAGAGGCAAUGAUGCAGUCCAGCUUGCAAAUAUGGACUCUGCUUGAACGCGAGCGUUUGGAACAGCUCGAUGGGGCAGUCAGAAAGCCACGCUUAUCUCUUCAUGGUGCAUUGAGAGACGAGGACGGGCAUCUGAAUGCUCAAUAG